AGCACUGCGUGUCGUUUCCACACAGCGCUCCCUGCUCAGGCAACGCCGCACACCUACAUUGUUAGAAACCUCCCAUUUCCUUCAACAUGCCAUUUUCGUGUCUCUCUCGGACGGUAUGCCGGUUUUAACGCUUUCCACUGGACUUUAGCCGUUUUCUGCGCGCUGACGACGGCGGAGGAGUCGAGGUCGAAUAUGAGCAGGUUUCGAUGUAAGCUAUCAUGAGGGUGCAGGUGAUGGAAGCGCCCAGCACCAUGACCGCCUUCAACCAGGAGAACGUGGUGGAACAUUACGAGAUUGGAGAAGAGCUUGGAAGUGGUCAGUUUGCCGUGGUGAGGAAAUGUCGCAAAAAGAGCACAGGAUACGAGUAUGCCGCGAAGUUCAUCAAGAAGCGCCGGAGCAAAUCGAGUCGGCGUGGGGUUUCCAAGGAGGACAUUGAGAGGGAAGUGAGCAUCCUGAAGCAAAUCCAGCAUCCCAAUGUCAUCACUCUGCACGAUGUGUUUGAGAACAAGAACGAGGUCAUUCUCAUCCUUGAGCUUGUGGCAGGUGGGGAGCUCUUCGACUUCUUGGCUGAGAAGGAGUCUCUCAGCGAGGAGGAGGCCACCGAGUUUCUCAAACAGAUCCUGGACGGCGUCAACUACCUGCACUCCAAACAUAUUGCUCACUUUGACCUGAAGCCGGAAAACAUCAUGCUUCUGAAUAGAAGCGUGCCUCACCCACGCAUUAAGCUCAUCGACUUCGGCCUGGCACACAAGAUCGAUUUUAGCAACGAUUUUAAAAACAUCUUUGGCACACCGGAGUUUGUCGCUCCAGAAGUGGUAAACUAUGAGCCGCUGGGCCUUGAGGCAGACAUGUGGAGUGUUGGUGUGAUUACUUACAUACUAUUAAGCGGCGCUUCUCCAUUUCUGGGCGAGAACAAGCAGGAAACUCUGGCCAAUGUGUCGGCGGUGGACUACGAAUUCGAUGAGGAGUAUUUCAGCAAUACCAGCUCUCUGGCCAAAGACUUCAUUGCACGGCUCCUUAUCAAAGACCCGAAAAAAAGAAUGACAAUCCAGGACAGUCUGCAGCAUCCAUGGAUCAAGCCGAAAGACACUCAACAGGCACUUAGUCGCAAGGAAUCGGCAGUGAAUAUGGAGAAAUUCAAGAAAUUUGCAGCACGGAGAAAAUGGAAGCAAUCAGUGCGUCUGAUCUCGCUUUGUAACCGGCUCUCCCGCUCCUUCCUGUCCAGAAGCAACAUGAGCGUGGCACGUAGUGAUGACACACUGGAUGAAGAAGACUCAUUCGUGAUGAAAGCCAUCAUCCAUGCCAUCAACGAUGACAACGUGCCGGGUCUGAAGCACCUCUUAGGUUCUCUGACAAGCUAUGACAUCAACCAGCCCAAUAAGCAUGGAACGCCUCCGCUCCUGAUCGCAGCUGGCUGUGGGAACAUCCAGAUCAUAGACGUUUUGAUAAGAAAAGGAGCGGAAAUCCAAACCCUUGACAAGUCUGGAGCCAACGCUAUCUACUAUGCAGCUCGACACGGCCAUGUGGAGACCUUGAAAUUCCUCCAUGAAAAGAAGUGCCCUCUGGACAUCCAAGAUAAGUCAGGGGAGACGGCUCUGCACGUGGCCUCUCGAUAUGGCAACAUGGAUGUAGUUCAGUAUCUUUGCAGUAUUCACGCCAACCCUGACCUGACAGACCGGGAGCAGGAGACUCCUCUGCACUGUGCUGCAUGGCACGGGUACUCGGCAGUGGCACGGGCCCUAUGUCAAGCUGGCUGUGAUGUUAAUGCCCGUAACCGUGAGGGUGAGAGCCCACUGCUCACAGCCUCGGCCCGUGGCUUCCGUGACAUUGUGGAGUGUUUGCUGGAGCAUGGAGCUGACAUGGACUCCACUGAUAAGGACAACCACAUCGCACUGCACCUGGCCGUACGGAGGUGUCAGAUCGAGGUGGUAAAGUGCCUCCUCAGCCACCACUGCUAUGUGGACCACCAGGAUCGCCAUGGAAACACACCACUGCACAUUGCCUGCAAGGAUGGCAGCCUGCCAUUGGUGGCGCUGCUCUGUGCUGCUAAAGCCAAUUUGGACAUUCCAAAUAAAUUUGGGAGAACUCCUCUCCAUGUGGCAGCGAGUAAUGGAGGACUGGAGGUGGUGCGGCAUCUCUGCGUGGCCGGAGCUAACACAGAGGCCAUCACUAAUGAUGGAAAGACAGCAGAGGAAGUGGCAAUUGCAGAACAGCAAGAGCAUAUAGCACUUCUGUUGGCCAAACUGAAAAAGGACAACCACAAAGGCGGCUACAUCCAGCAGCUGAGACCCACUCAGACACCUCAGCCAAGGAUCAAGCUGAAACUGUUCGGGCACUCUGGUUCUGGGAAGAGUACGCUGCUAGAAUCUCUGAAGUGUGGCAUCCUGAGAAGCUUCUUUAGGCGUAGGAGACCCAGACUCACCAAUCCUGUGAGACACCCAGCCUCACCUGCCACAUCCAAACCUGCAGUCUCUGUGAGUAUCUCCAACCUGUAUCCAGGCUGUGAGAAUGUGAGUGUGAGGAGUCGCAGUAUGAUGUUCGAGCCCAGUCUGACUAAAGGAGUGCUGGAGGUGUUCACUCCCGUCCACAGCAGCCUGAACACAGCCGAUGACACGGCCACCAAGGCCAUCGACAUCCACACAGCCAACGUCAACGGUGUUGGAGACUUCAGCGUGUGGGAAUUCUCUGGUAAUCCAGUGUACUACUGCACCUACGACUAUUUUGCGGCCAAUGACAGUACAGCCAUCCACCUGGUGACGUUCAGCCUGGAGGAGCCGUAUGAGACUCAGCUCAGCCAUGUCACCUUUUGGCUCAACUGUCUCAAGGCUCUCACGCUGCCUGAGGACAACAUCGCUUUUGGAGGGAAGAUCAGAAAUCCUCUGCACGUGGUGCUGGUGGCCACUCACGCCGACAUUGCAAACCUGCCUCGCUCUUUUGGUGGAGAGUUCAGCUAUGACAAGGAGAGAUCUUUACUGAAGGAAGUCCGUAACAGGUUUGGAAAUGAUCUGCAAAUAGCUGAGAAGCUCUUCAUAAUGGAUGCUGGAGCCUCUAACUCAAAAGACAUGAAGUUACUAAGGAACCUCUUAUUAGAGCUGCGCAACUCCAUCGUCUCAAGCUGUAGGCCAAUGACUCAGCUAGCAGAGAAAUUGUUGUCCACUCUUCCCUCAUGGCGUAAAGUGACUGGACCAAACCAGCUCAUGUCCUGGCAGCAGUUUGUGGUGGAUGUACAGGACCAGAUCAACCCUCUGGUCAGCGAGGAGGACCUGCGUGAGCUAGCUUUACAGCUGCACAGCAUGGGAGAGAUCAACAUCAUACAGAGUGAAACUGUCCAAGACGUGGUUCUCUUAGACCCCCGCUGGCUCUGCACCAAUGUUCUCGGCAAGCUCCUCUCCAUCGAAACUCCCAAAGCCAUCCACCAUUACAGGGGGCGCUACCGCCAGGAAGAGCUCCAGACUCUGGUCUCUGAGGGGGAUGUAGAUGAGCUCCUUCAAGUCUUGGACGCCAUGGAUGUAUGCGCCCGUGAUCUGGCCAACCCCGGUAUGGUGGAUGUGCCCGCUCUCAUCCGCACCGGUGACCUGCAGCAUUCCUGGACUGAUGAAGCAGAUGAAGAGGUGGAGGAUUCUUUGCUGUAUGGAGGUGUCCGCAUAGUCCCAGCCGAGCACUUGACACCUUUCCCUUGUGGCCUUUUCCACAAACUCCAGGUGAAUCUUUGUCGAUGGAGUAGGCAGCAGAGACCGGAGGCCGAGGCAGAGGAAGUUAGGCUGUGGACCGGAGGUGCACGGGUAGGAGUUGGUGGAGCCGAUGCUUUAGUACUGCUAGUUAAUCAUGGACAAGGUCUGGAAGUACGGCUGAGAGGACCGGAGUCUGAACGUAGCCGAUGCUAUGCUUUGCUGGAUACUCUGUGUGGAAUGGCAGAAGGGCUGCUUGCUGCUACACUACCAGGCCUGCUAACUGCCCGUCAUUACCUGAGUCCUCAGCAACUGCGAGAGCAUCACGGACCUGUCAUGCUUUACCAGCCCAGGGACUUCUUUAGAGCUCAAGCCCGGGGUGAAAACGCAUUAACCAACACCAUGGGCGGCUAUCGGGAGAGCUUUGCUAGCAUCGUAGCGCUAGGUUGCACCCAAGUCUACAAACAAGGAACCCUUGGCGGGGAUGUAGCUGUAGCUGAGGUUAGCCUCCUGGCUCGACGUAAGCUCAGUCGCAUGCUUGACCCACCUGACACCCUUGGCAAGGACUGGUGUCUUCUAGCCAUGAACCUGGGCCUUAGUGAGCUAGCUGCUAAGUACAGCCCCGGCACCAAUGGAACUCCUCCGGCCGACCCAUUUUCUGUCCCAAGCCCAACAGUGGCGCUCCUUUAUGAGUGGAGCCAACGUUCAGACUCUACCAUUGGUGUCCUGGUAGCUAAGCUAAGAGAACUUGGCCGCCGUGACGCAGCUGAUUUUCUGUUAAAAGCAGCACCCGUGUUCCGGGUCAAUAUGGACAGUCUGGGGACUCCACCAGAACCUUGCGGCCCAGUCUGCAAUGGAGGGACGUCUUACAACUCCAUCAGCUCUGUCAUCUCACGCUAGAGCGCCACCUGUGUGCAUGGAAGAACAUGUGCAAUUUAACCUGUGGAGUGUUGUUAUCUUUCAGUUCCUGUGUUACAUAAGACUGUAAUCUGUGAAGUUUGAUACUUUGUACACAUCAAUCUUCCUGCUCUAUUCUUUCUGAAUGUCUCAUUUCUGUGAGGGUGCCUACUUUAAGAAUCAUUUUUAGCUCAAGUUUUUUUUGUUUGUUUGUUUGUUUUUAAGUGACAGCAUUGUAAUAUCAAGGAAAAUUUAAGGAUUUCUCAGUUUCGGAUUCUUUUAUAUGUUUAGAUAUGUAUGGCAAUGGUUUUAUACACAACCUUUUGAGAAAAGGCUGCAUAGUUAAGUGCUCGGCCCUGUUACUUGGUAAUGAUUCAAGCAAUUGAGUGCCUUUACGAUAGAAAGCCAAUUCUUUAUGAGCCAUUUUGAAAUUGCCUAAUGCCCCUUAUUGAAUUAAAGACCCAGUGUCUUCUAGCCAUAAACUUGGGCUUGUCAGUAUUUCAGUCAUCAACUCUGAAAUCCAUUUUCUAACCAUAUUGCUAAUUUGAUAGCGAUUGAGGUUUUGAAAGGUGCAGUUUACUAUCAUCUUUUUCUCAAGUUUAUAUUUUCUUAUGCUAACAGUUUUAGCAUACAACUUGAAACUGUACCUGUAUCCACACUGGAAAUUUAACUCAAAUUUAAAAAUAAAUAAAUAAAUAAAGGGUUAUUUUAGCCUAUUCUCAAACAGUAGCCAAAUUAAUAUUUUUAAAAUAUUCUUAUAUACCACAGGUACAUUUUAAAGGGUACGGUCCUAUAGACGGGGUUUGAAUUAACAUAGAAAGUAAAUGGAAAAACUUUAAACAAGAUGCUUUGAGCUUUUCUUUGACAUGAAAAAUCCUCUGGUUGAAUCGAAGGGCCAUUUAAUUUUGAAAACAACCGGAGGAUUUGCUAUGACAAUGCUUCAUUUUUCAUGAGUUUUAAUUAUAAAUACAGAUACAGACGACGUUCCUUAAAUAUUGCUCUUAGGCUGCUGUAUCUAUCUUGCUUAUUUAACAAAAAAAAAAUGUUUCAAGGCAAUUUGUAUUAUUAAUGUGAUUCCUUUUUUUCAUGUGUUUUGAAGCAUGUUCUAAAUAUUGUUACAGUUAUCAGCUUUAAUAUAUCCUUUAUUUCCUGUGUGUUAACAGCGUCCAUGAGGAGCUCAGACAGUUUGUUUCAGACAUGCACUUACAAGCUAAUGGUGCUCUUUUCAGUGGAACUUCAACCAAAAGAAUGCCUUUCUGUAAUGGAUUGAAAUUGAGCAAAGGUUUUGUGAAAUGUUUCCAGUCAAGACAAUGUAUAUUCAGUCUCAUUUAGAUCAGUGACUUGUAGAAACUACGUGCCCUCAUCCGAGUGAGUCUUUAGCUUGGAUUAGCUCCCAUUCCAUCAUACUUGUACUAUAUAGAACUGAUUUUCUUAUGGAACUGAAUGUAUUUCUUGUGUCAGUCAACCACAGUGGCAAACUUUGUCUUGGUGUCACACACACAUUCUUUCUCUCUCACUUACCUUGUGCGAGAGACAAAGAAAACGACGGACACCAGGAGGCUCCAUGAACUUCCAAACAAUCCCAUUGUAGUUUUUAUCACAUCUCCAUUACUUUCCCAGCUACCCAGUUAAAAAUAAAAUAAGAAAAGGGAAAUGUGCGUACUUGCUAUUCUAGAAAGCACAUUUUUAUAUAUUGUGAUUGUCUUAUGUAUUAUUGAGCAUUCUCUUUUCUCUGUUUUCAGUCAGUUGUUGAGGUUCAUGCUUUUCCUCUUUUUGAAAACCUCUGUGGUUUCAUAAGUGGGAAUGUGAACCGGGCGUAUUAAAGACUUUGUACAGUCAUCUCUUUGCACAAAAUGUUUCUUCUAUUUAUAUUAUAUUCCUUAAGCAUGUCUCUGAAUGCCAUGUCCUUAAUACUUCCUUAAAACGGUGUAGUACAUUUUUAUAAUAAAUUGUUUACCUGAUAAA